CCCUCUCCAAACACUCCCAUACACUCCUCCACCCCAUUCAGCUUUCUGCACACGCCUUCCCUUUCCCUCCAUCCAUGCCGACCGGCCCAGGUCCCCUCGUUGAGAUACUUUGCUUCGGCCCACCCCCCUCUGCCCGCUGACCUCCCGAGCUUUCUACCUCCUCUCUGCCUCGAUCCGCAUCUCUCUCCUGGCUGGUAUAAUACUUCACUUGCGCCUCACCCUCCUGCGGCUUGUUUAGCUGCACCACUACCUCUUACUCUCCCUUCACCAAUUGUCCAGCCUCACCUCACAUCAACUUUCCGGAUCCUUUCCAAAUACUACUUCAUACAGGCCGACCAUCCCAGGCACGACUACAUCGUCAACAACCUCUCUACAGUAAUCACUAGUGGCAAGCAGUAGGACCUCGUCGCCAAAUUCAACACAGACUUGAUACCUCUUUUGUUCGAUCAAAGAGUACACAAAGGAACAAUAUUCCACCUCGACUCAACCACAGCUUUUCAACCCGGAUAUAUGUCCAAUCUCUCCAAAAUGCAUGCCCGAGAUGCUACCGGCCGUCAGGUCUCUCUCUUGAACGACGAGCCUAUCGCCCAGCCCGCCCACCAAAGAAUGGACUUCCGCACAGUUAACCAGGUCAUCUCACAACCCUUCCACCCGGCACCACGAAGCAAUUCUUCCUCACCUCACACUCCCGAGCUCCUCCGCUCCGACUCUUACGACUCCAACGCGAGCAACGAUCCUCUUUCGCCCAUGACUCCCACCUCGUAUGACCCUUCGAGAGUUGGCGCAUUCCCUGGCCAACCCAUGUACGACGACUACGACAUGCCCGCAAAGCGCCCUGCGUAUGCGAACAACAGCCGCGCAGCUUCGUAUGAGGAGGACAGCUCAGCAACAUCACCCUUGCCGGAACGCCCGGGCAAGAGAUACCCUUGCCGCUACCGCGACAGCCACGGUUGCGAGAAGACCUUCACCACUUCGGGUCAUGCCUCUCGUCACUCCAAGAUCCACACUGCCGAGAAGGCUGUUCAAUGCACUUUCCACGGCUGCCAGAAGAAGUUCACCAGAGCCGACAACAUGAAGCAGCACCUUGAGACCCAUUACAAGGACAAGUCUCGCUCCUCAACCUCCGCGAAGGCUUCACGUCCCUCAAUGGGCGGUCUGUCAGCAUCCGGCCGCAGGUCCUCUUCAUCAUCCGUUAGGGCCGCUGCCGCCAGCAACCGUGCUUCCCGCGAUCAGCCCAUGUGGGAGGGCGAGUCUCCUUACGGAUAUCCUCCCGGCCAAGCUCCUCUCCCAUCCCCCGCUGCCAGCGGCGCAUGGGAUCUUCGCGGCCUGCACAUGCCGCUUGUGAGCCGCCCCAGCGCUGCCAGAACACCCAGCAGCGGCCUGGACGCGCUGGCUAUGGCUGUCGCUUGCCAAGAAGGCGCAUAGAGCUUUGUUGGGAUCAGAACGAUUGCAUGUCUCUUCUCUCUCUCCCUCUUGGGCAGUUUCAACACUUAUACCCGGUGGACUCUUGCAGCGUGUCCUAUAUAAUACCCGAUCAUUCUCUAUUUCUUUCGGCCGCUCCUCACGGCCAACGGUGUGGAGAACGUCUCAGGGUGGCUCUCGAUUGUGACGGGUGAUUUACCCUUCGCAUUGAGGAGUCUCUCCUCUCUCCCACAUUUCCUUCUUUUCUUAAGUUGAUUUUAUGUUGUCAUUUGGAGCAAUAGAGGGUCGCAAAGCAUACGAAUGGCGUACCUGCACAUACACGGAAGGGAAACAAGGCAACAAAAAUGGCGCGGCGUUAUAUAUCACGUUUUGUUUUGAACCGCGAAGGUUUUCAACCCGGGGGUGGAUUUCUUCUCUACACGGCGUUGGUUUCUUCACGGUUUCGUACACAUACCCGAAUCCUCGAUUCAAUCAGUACCGAGGGGCAGACGCAUCACUGCGAUUGUUUGUUUUAAGAUGAGGAAAAAGGCUAUUCCUGGUUAGGAGGGGAUACAUAUACACGAGGUUUCCCAGACAGGCUCUCUUUUUGGAAGAAAACUGGGAUGAUGAGGAUGCUGGAAAGUUGGAGAGUGAGUUUCCAUGGAUGGGCGCGCGGAUUCUAGAUACCAAGUGCGCCCAAGACGGGGUGGACGAUCUUUCUCAUAGACCACUUACACACAUGAGUGGAUGGGAAGUUGGGAGUCCGUCCCAAUGUCGAUAUCACUCCCAUUGCCUGCCGUCUUGGUAUAUAGCCGGCGGCGAGGUAAAGACGAAAAAAAAAGAUCAAAUACAAACACACGUUGAACAAGC